AUGUCUCAUGGGAUGAGGUCUUUCAGGCUGAAAGGCCUCUCAAAAUCUGUUAUCUUGCACCAUUUUAGAGGGUGGGAUCACCAAUCACAUGUGCUAAUGGCUGGCAAGCAAACUGAGUGCCUUGAGGCAGCAGAAGUAGCAAGCCGCCAGACUCAGUUCCAAGAGAUGCCAGCUGAGGACCAUGAGAUGGUCAAGAACAUGAUAGCCAACUAUGGUAUGGAUGUUGACCCACUACCAUAUACAGCCCCCCCAGGAGAUAAGGGGUUGGAGAUGAGUCAUGCAGGAGGAGAACAAGAAAAUGUUUUCUGUAUUUGA